UAGUGCAACAUAUACCAUUCACAUCAUACACCGUUUCUUUCACUUCACAAAAAUGAAAAACAUGAAAUUGUGUUCGGUGAUGCUAUGCUUAUCACUAGCGUUCCUUCUUGGGGCCACAGCAGAACAAUGUGGCACACAAGCUGGUGGAGCGUUAUGCCCAAAUAGAUUAUGUUGCAGCAAAUUUGGGUGGUGUGGUGACACAGAUUCCUACUGUGGAGAAGGUUGCCAGAGCCAAUGCAAAUCUGCAACACCCUCAACACCAACUCCAACAACACCUAGUAGUGGUGGAGAUAUUAGCAGACUCAUUAGCUCUUCUCUCUUUGAUCAAAUGCUUAAAUACCGAAACGAUGGCCGCUGUUCUGGCCAUGGAUUCUACAGAUAUGAUGCUUUCAUUGCCGCUGCUGGCUCUUUCAAUGGCUUUGGCACAACCGGUGAUGACAACACUCGCAAGAAGGAGAUUGCUGCUUUCUUGGCUCAAACUUCUCAUGAAACCACAGGUGGGUGGGCAAGUGCACCAGAUGGUCCAUAUGCGUGGGGGUAUUGUUUUAUCAACGAACAAAACCAGGCAACUUAUUGUGAUGGUGGGAAUUGGCCAUGUGCUGCUGGUAAAAAAUAUUAUGGCCGAGGACCAAUCCAACUUACACACAACUACAAUUACGGGCAAGCUGGCAAAGCACUUGGUCUGGAUUUGAUAAACAAUCCGGAUCUUGUAGCCACAGACGCAACCGUGUCAUUCAAGACAGCCCUAUGGUUUUGGAUGACUGCACAGGGAAACAAGCCAUCAAGCCAUGAUGUGAUCACUGGAAGAUGGACUCCAUCUAGUGCUGACAGCUCAGCGGGUCGGGCUCCUGGCUACGGUGUCAUCACCAACAUAAUCAACGGUGGCCUCGAAUGCGGCCACGGCCAGGAUAAUCGGGUCCAAGAUCGGAUCGGCUUCUACCGAAGGUACUGCCAGAUGAUGGGAAUAAGCCCCGGAGACAACUUGGAUUGUAACAAUCAAAGGCCAUUUGCUUAAGCAAAUUGCUCACAUAUAUCAUCCAUAUAGAGAAUAAAUAGUAUGUAAUAAAGGAUCUACCAUGAUCUUACAUGUACUGGGAAACUUGUUUCUAAAGAAGUUCCCCUUAUCUUGAUUAAAUAAGAAACUUUAAUAUUUUACCACCUUUUA